AUGAAAUCGAUGCACCACCACAGAGCUCCACUAAUCUCUGCUUCUUCCUCCUCUUCCUCUUCCUCCCCAAGCCACUCUUUCAUCUCUAGACUUCUUCUUCUCCUGACUUUACUUCCAGUCUCCCUCGCCUGUCUCGCAUUUAUCCUCCAAUGGCGAGGCGGUGGGCUUGCCGAUCCCGCCUCUGCUUCCGUCGGUUCCUCCACGUCGGUUCCUGGCGGCUCCGAUCUCAACCAUGAGGUGUUUCCCGGCAUGGAGACUGUUUCAUCCGUCUCCCCAAAAGCUCACCAAUCAUCCUCCGACUGCUCAAAUCUAGCUCGAAGCUCUUCCCCUUCAUUUCCUUACUAUGGUGAUUGGAAGUUCGGUGUUGAUACUAGUUUAAAGCCUAAGAUAUGUAUAACGACUAGCACAUCAGCUGGAUUGGAGCAGAUUCUACCAUGGAUGUUCUACCACAAGGUUCUAGGCGUCUCCACAUUUUUCCUUUUCGUUGAAGGGAAAGCUGCUACGCCCACCAUUUCAAAAGUGUUGGAAUCUAUUCCCGGGGUUAAGGUAAUUUACAGGACGAAAGAGCUUGAAGAGAAGCAGGCAAAGAGCCGGAUUUGGAAUGAGACGUGGCUAUCUUCUUUCUUUUAUAAGCCCUGCAACUAUGAGUUAUUUGUCAAACAGUCUCUCAACAUGGAAAUGGCUAUUGUCAUGGCAAGGGAUGCGGGUAUGGAUUGGAUUCUUCAUCUUGACACAGAUGAGUUAAUUUACCCAGCAGGUGCUCGUGAGUACUCGUUGAGACGUUUGCUACUUGAUGUUCCUCCAAAUGUGGAUAUGGUUAUAUUUCCAAAUUACGAAAGCAGCGUAGAACGAGAUGAUAUCAAGGAUCCUUUUACUGAGGUGUCAAUGUUCAAGAAGAAUUACGAUCAUCUCCCCAAAGAUACAUAUUUUGGAAUGUACAAAGAAGCAACACGAGGUAAUCCAAAUUACUUUUUGACUUACGGUAACGGCAAAUCAGUUGCUCGGGUUCAAGAUCACCUCCGACCAAAUGGAGCACACAGAUGGCAUAAUUACAUGAAAACUCCCAAUGAAAUCAAAUUGGAGGAGGCUGCUGUCCUACAUUACACAUAUGCCAAAUUUUCGGACUUAACAUCCAGGCGUGAUCGAUGUGGCUGCAAGCCUACAAAAGAAGACGUGAAAAGAUGCUUUAUGUUGGAUUUUGAUAGAUCUGCAUUUAUAAUUGCGUCAACAGCAACAGAAGAAGAAAUGUUAAGCUGGUACCGUGAACACGUCGUGUGGGGCGACAAAGAGGUGAAGACGAAACUCCUUAGGAAGGGUAUUCUGACUCGCAUUUAUUCGCCAAUGGUUGUGAUUCAAGCAUUGAAAGAGUCUGGUGUUUUCAGCUCGGUUGUCUCAUCAGCUUCAACAAAUCUUUCAAAGAAACAAUUCUUAGCAUCAAUUCACAAAAACAACUCAUCUGAGACCAUUCCAUCAAAGGACAAUGAGUCUCAGGGCAUCUCGGCAAGGCACCUUCUUGGGACUGAGUCAGCCGUCCCUCCUUUAUCGCCACCUGGGAUGGAACACGCUAGAUUUGUCACAGAGGAUUAA